CUGCUCGACGGUCUCGUUGACGAUUGGUCGUUUUGGGCGAUUGUUUGUGAUCGUUUUUGGUUUUGGCGCCCCCGAAACUAGUUUCGUCUUUUCUGGAUUCGUCCACAACUACAUCCCCCGGGGCUGUUUAGCGUUUUUGGCCAGCCCUGUCGAUCGAGGUGCAAGGAUCGAGCGAAAAGUGAUCAACCUAAGGAAAUUACUCUUUAAGAUUGUGAAUCAUUUUGUUAAAUAGGCAUUUUUUCAAAGAACAGAAAACACACACAGUGCAAUGAAGAGAAAAACAUCGACUACCAACGCUUAAUACAGCUCGAAGAAAAUUUAAGAAAGAGUUGUGUACUAAAUCUCAGUUUAAAAAAAAAAAACAUGUUUAUGUGAUAUCAUCACUGCGGAAAUCAAGUCUAGCAUGUGUUAAUUUUUCGCAAGUGAAAACAACAAGUGCUAUGGAAUAGCAGAUUUGAUUCAUCAAAUAAUCAAUGCUCACCUGUUGCUGUACGCCUGUAAGAUUUCUUCUGGACCAAGGCUGCUUCGGAGAACCCUUGGGAUUUGACUGCUGAGUUUGCUGAUGUGUUCCUGACCUGUUGCUGAUGUUCCCGGUUUGCUGUGGUACGAUAGCUGUUGCUGUUUGCGGACACGGAGAAUGCGGUUUUGCUGACCAUCAUCAUCUUCAUCGUGGGAAUUCAGUACCUGCCUGUAUCGACGAGGGACAAUUUCACUCUAACGUUGCCAACUGAGCAUCUACCAAAAAGAAAAUCGUCCUGUACCGUACAUCAACAUAUGCGAAAACUAUCCACCCCAUCUGAACCACCCUGUGCCACCCGCCACUGCCACAGCGCAGCUGUCAAACGCCUGGUUGACGUUUGCGAGUUUGUUUUGAAGUUUGAUUGUUUUGAUUCCGGAAGACCGUGUUGUUUUGCGGUUCGCGAAACCGGAUCAAUCCGUGAUUCCGGCACGGUUCGUGUGAAAUCCGCGUAUCUGACCCGUUAUCGGGCCGGAAAGUAAAGUACUACAGCGUAGUGGUAAGAGUAGGCGUUGCGAUAAAAAACCCUUGUGCGCUGUGAAAGACAGCGAGCAGGAAAGAAACACCGUCUAUCACAAAGCUCGUUAUCGCGGUUUCCCCACUCAGUUCUUUUCUUAUUGCGAAUUCGGUGUUCGUUGUUCGUUGCCCAGGUUAGUUAGGUACAGUGUGUCGUGUGUAUUCGCGAGAUUUUUAAGUGUGACACCAGCGCCCACUUGUGUGCUCUUGUAGGGAAACGCGUCACCCUUUCCACGUCGGCAACAUACGCGCAAGGGUUUACUUCCGACCGUGUGCGAAAAAGCGUUUUUCGUAUAGUGAGUGUGUUUGUGUACCUCCGGGGUUCGCUCUGCAGUGAAAUAACGUGCCUAUCUGCAGUGCUGUGAAUCGCUUCUUGUUCUUGUGGUUGUGGCCACGCUACUCAAAUCGUCCCGCGCUUACUUCGUCCAGCAGCAACCAAAGUCUGUGCGUACCCGGCCGCCCGUGCCAUCCUUUUUUUGUGAUCCCCGGUACUAUAAAAGGCGCAAAAAUUUGGGAAAUAAUGGAUCCCACCGGUGGGCGCGAUUCGCGCUACAAUCUGAACUACAGUAUGAGCAUGAUGAGCGAAUCGCCAGAGAUAUACGGCAACCCGAACGUGUCUCUGGCGCGCCCACCGAGCGGUGGUCUGGUCGGGCAGGUGAUGUCUCGCGGUGGGAACGGUGGAACGGGCUUGAUGAACGCCAAUGGUCCACAGUGCGGUAGUGGUGGUGGUGGUGGUGGUGGUGGUGGUGGAGGCGGAGGUGGUGGCGGAGGUGGUGGCGGCUUGUCUCGCGGCAUAAAGCGCACCAACUCGGACUGCUACGACGAUCGGCAACAGAUGGUCGGGUCGCAGAACAUGACCGGUCUCGAUGGGUGCACCGUCGGGUCCGAGGUGGUGGACGACAGCUACACCUCGCUGCAGCCGAAAAAAUCCCCUCCCAGCAAUGGAAAGAAGACGAAGGGCCGUGUUAAGAUUAAGAUGGAAUAUAUCGACAACAAACUACGGCGGUACACGACGUUUUCUAAGCGCAAGACCGGCAUCAUGAAAAAGGCAUAUGAACUGUCAACACUUACCGGCACGCAAGUUAUGUUGCUGGUGGCCUCCGAAACCGGUCACGUGUACACGUUUGCGACCCGCAAGCUGCAACCGAUGAUCACGUCGGAGGCGGGCAAGGCGCUCAUCCAGACCUGCCUAAAUUCGCCCGAUCCACCGACGGGUUCAUCGGGCGACCAGCGCAUGUCCGCGACCGGCUUCGAGGAGACCGAGCUCAGCUACAAUAUCGGCGACGAAGACUCCAAAGAUGAUCGGUCGCCGAUGUCGUCCGGCAGUGAAUCGGACGAUUAUUCGCCCCCGGAAUCGCCCCCUCCAGGACCUAGCGUUAAUACUAGCAGUAAUACCAACGUCAACAGUAGUAAUAAUCAUCAUUUGCAGCAGCAGCAACCGCAGCAAGGCAGCUCGAACGAAAAGCACACUACCAGAAGUGCUGGUACACAGAGUGCAGGAAGUGGUGCAGCAUCAAGCACUGCUGCCGGCACAGCAACAACAAGCGUGAUGACCGCUUCAAGUGCUGCUGCUGCUGCUACCAUUAACGCCAUCCAGCAGCAAAUUCAGCAACAGCAGCAAGCACUUCAGCAGCAAAUUCAACACUGUCAGCAGCAGCUACAGCAGCAGAAACAGCAACCAAAGUCCGGCAAAGCGAAGGCAUCCACGGUAAAGGUGAAACAGGAACCGGUGGCACCGUCGGCAGUACCACCAUCGUCGACAAUAUCCACCGCCACAUCGUCAACAAUCGUUGCACCGGCACCGAACAGUGUGGCGCCUCAGAUAACGAGCAGCAUCAUCUAUCCGGCGUCGGCACUGAGCACCUUACCACAGGAUGUGCUGUUAAACCUGCUACAAUCGGGGCAGAUACAGCUCCAUAGCGAAGGUGGAACACAAAAAUACGUCACGAUCCCGCUACCUCUGAUGUCUGGCAAUAAAACUACAACCAAAUCAUCCAACGCGUCCAAUGGGCAGCAAAAAUCCUCGAGUGGCAACUCAACGUCCUCUACGUCAGCUAGCUCGUCUGUUCCCGUGACUUCGACCCGAAGCGGCAGUGGUGCGUCCUCAUCCCGGCGAAACGCAACUACUAUUAAGACUGAAGUGCUCGAGUAGCAAGGCUUUAUUAGCGUGUGAAACCCCCUCUCGCGGCAGGGAACAUAUUUUCCAACAGAACCAUGUCCGAUUAAGGUCAAUCGGUACUUUUGUUUCUUGCUAUUGGUUAUUGGUUUCCAGAACUCAAUUCGUAUGUUGCUGAGUGCAAGCACAAUUUAGAUAAAUAUUACAAAAGUUUGUUUAGGCUUGUUUGAUUCUUUGGUUUCUGUUAUUGCAAAUUUCUAGACAUAUUAUAUUGCAUUAUAGAUUUGUUUCAGAACAAAUUUCGUUUAAUAAUUAGAACCACUUAUAACCAACGUCCCAUAUAACGAGUUCACUAGCCUAAAGGAAGCGAUUAGAGAUAGGGGCAGCGUGAAAUUGAAAAUGUUUUUUUGUUGUAUUCCUUACCAAAUAAGCUGAAGUAUUAUGUUUUAUGCAUCAAACGAUACGUAAAUGGAUUCCUAAAAAAAUCCUUAUGGAAUGGAUUCCUUAUGGAUUCCUUAUGGAAAAAAGGACGCUACUCAAAUGUUACAGCAUUUUUUACAACAUCGUGGAACACUUACGUCGUGAGUCAAUCCCAUGAGCAGACACUUUCUCGAUACAUCAAACUUUUUGUUCGAACGGUUUGUCUGUCGAGGAAGUCUUACAACGAAUCGUAAUUAUGUUCCAAGAUCUUGGGAUAAAUCAGAAUUUAGGCACGGUCCUUUGCGAGAAAUUGUCACAUAAAAUUUGAAAAAGUGAAAAUUCAAUCGAAAGUAAUACUUAGUAGAAUUAAAACACGUACCGUGUGGUGCAUUGUUCGUAAUAUUUCAGCAUAUUUUUUAAUGUAAUAUAGCCGAAAAACAAACUCUCGUUGUUAGUUUCACGCUACUGCUGAUCGCACCAUAACGAGCAUUUCUAAAGUUUGAGCUUUUACUUUAGUAACAUUUAAAUGUUUGAAUAUUUCUUCAGUGGACAAGUAAUGUGAUGUAAUACAUCUACAAAAAACAUUACUUUGAACAAUUUUUUUCAUAUUAUGCUUUACUUGUACUAAAACCAAUUGAAACACUUUAACACGGUUUAGUUCGUUAUCUACACUUUGCAAGUCAGUUCCAAUAAUUGUUUCACAAUUUCGGAAAAUGAAAAAUAUGAGUAAUUUGAAAAUUGUUUCUUUGAUGAUUAUCGCUACCUCGGCAACUGUAAUGUUAGGCCAAAAAAUAAUAAAAAAUUAUAGGAAAACAAAUCAUCUCGCACGAAAAGGAAAUAUUAAAAAUGAUUAUCACUUGAAACAAAAUUCAAAGAUCAAGGAUCGUUAAAUCACGGUACAGUCACCGCAUUGUAGAGAACGCGAAAAACCCUUCUCGCAUUUGUAACCAGAGUUUGCAACACCUCACGUACGUCGCCACGUACGUUCAUUGCGUUGUUGCUUCUGGCGUAUUUAUCGUUUUAUUGGUUAGCCUAUUAUUUGAGGAAAAUAUCAACCAUUUACCAUUUUUUGUAUGCAUUAUUUGAGCAUGUUUAACAAUUUACCCAGUUAAUAGCACUGUUGUUCAACAGCGUCUAAGCCCAUCCAACCCAAAUUAUCCCGAUCGAUACGUUUGCGUUUGUGAUGUUGCACUGUUGUGUAUAGUUUAGGGCUUUUCUACUGCUGCUAAACGAUGCGAAACCCCCACACUAAAUCGAGCUAAAAUAUAUGGAUAACUUAUUACUAGCUUUAAGAAAUUGCAGACAUUAAUUUCGUCUUCAUCCUAUCCCACACCUGCCGGCUUCCUGUAGCUUCCUUUCCUAUACGGUACUGUAGCUUCCUGUAAUGGUCAACAGUGCUUUUCCCCCAUCUAGUACCUACUUGUUCUUUGUUUGUUGCAUUUUGCUCCAUUUGAUACAAAAAAAGGAUAAAUAAAAUAUAUACGGAAAGUAACACAUCCCAACACA